AUCAGAUCCCUCCCGCAGUCUCGCGCGCUCUCCCCCACCCACCCACCCCCUAUCCAUCCAUCCAUCCCACCUCCUGCUCCACAUCCUCCCCUCCGCCCACCAACGCAGCAGCAGCCAGCAGCCCCGCCACUUCCCCCCUCGCCGCUUGCGAUGGCGGUCACGCGCGUCGCCGUGGCCGCCGCCCUCUCGGCGGCCCCGCUCUCCUCCCGCCGCCACCGGGUUGCCCUCCCCUCCGCCUGCCGCCUUCUCCCCGCCUCGGCCACCUGCUGCAACAGCCGCGCGCCGAUGUCUCUGCAGGCCGCCGCCGCCGCACCUGCCGCCGGCGCGGUCGACGAGGAGACUCCUGCCUCCUCCCCUCCGUCAGAUGCUAGCAAGGGGGUGGAGAACCUGGUGAUCAUCGGCUCUGGACCAGCCGGUUACACCGCUGCCAUCUACGCCGCCCGGGCGAACCUGAAGCCUGUCGUGUUUGAAGGGUGCCAGAUGGGGGGUGUCCCCGGCGGGCAGCUGAUGACCACCACCGAGGUGGAGAAUUUCCCUGGCUUCCCGGACGGUAUAACCGGGCCUGAUCUCAUGGACAGAAUGCGCAAGCAAGCGGAACGCUGGGGCGCAGAGCUUUACCAAGAGGAUGUUGAGUUUGUGAAUGUAAAGAGCAGCCCGUUUGUUAUUCGUAGCAGCGACCGUGAGGUGAAAUGUCAUAGUCUAAUUAUUGCAACUGGAGCUACGGCUAAGCGCCUCCGUCUGCCUCGUGAAGAUGAAUUUUGGAGUAGAGGCAUCAGCGCAUGUGCAAUAUGUGAUGGAGCUUCACCACUUUUCAAGGGCCAGGUUCUUGCAGUUGUUGGGGGUGGUGAUGUAGCUACAGAGGAAGCAGUAUAUUUGACAAAAUAUGCUCGACAUGUUCAUUUACUAGUUAGAAAGGAUCAGCUACGGGCUUCCAAAGCUAUGCAGGACAGAGUACUCAACAACCCCAACAUAACAGUACAUUUCAAUACAGAAGCCAUGGAUGUUGUUAGCAAUGACAAAGGGCAGAUGUCUGGCGUUCAUCUGAAGAGAAGAGAUACAGGAGAAGAAUCAGUUCUUACUGUGAAAGGUUUAUUUUAUGGCAUAGGACAUACUCCAAACAGUCAGCUGUUGCAGGGCCAAAUCGAACUUGAUAGUGCUGGCUAUAUUUUAGUUAAAGAGGGCUCAGCCAAAACUUCAGUUGAUGGUGUAUUCGCUGCUGGUGAUGUUCAGGAUCAUGAAUGGAGACAAGCUAUUACUGCAGCUGGAUCUGGAUGCAUAGCUGCUUUGUCAGUUGAAAGAUACUUAGUUGCCAAUGAUCUUCUUGUCGAAUUUCACCAGCCUGUUCAAGAAGAAACAAAGAAGGAUAUUACAGAUAAAGAUGUUCAAAUGGGCUUUGACAUUUCUCACAGAAAACACAAGGGACAGUAUGCACUCCGCAAACUGUACCAUGAGAGUCCACGACUCAUUUGUGUUCUAUACACUUCUCCCACAUGUGGUCCUUGCAGAACCUUAAAACCAAUUUUGAGCAAGGUCAUAGACGAGUACGGCGAGUUUGUUCAUCUUGUUGAAAUUGACAUCGAGGAGGAUCCUGAAAUAGCAGAAGCUGCAGGCAUCAUGGGAACACCUUGUGUUCAAUUUUUUAAGAACAAAGAAAUGCUCAGGACUGUAUCGGGUGUGAAAAGGAAGAAGGAAUAUCGGGAGUUUAUCGAGGCGAACAAAUGAGUUGAGCACGCAGUGGACCCCCUCAAGGUUUUUUGAAGUCAGUAGUUCUUUUGGCGCUAUUUUGACGCCACCCCGUCCCCCGGUGGCCAAUUUUUCAUCAGAUUUUAAGACGAGCCUGGUCUAGUGCCAUGCCAAAGGAAACUAGCCGAUCCCUCAUAUUGGAUUAUACAGCUCAAAAUAUAUUCUUUGCUGUGUGUGUACAACAUACAUGGAGUUGACCCCCCACCCCCUGCUGAUCAAUCAUCAUUGCGGCAUUGCCUUGACACUGCCAAUGUGCAAACUAUUUCCACGGAUUAGCAUACAUUAAUCUGAAGUAUAUAUAUACUCGGCAAUGCUGAAUCCAUUUUGAUC